GCAAUACAUUCAUUCACUUUCAUUCAAACUUCAAGACUGGUCUCUUGAUUUCCGUUCUUUUUCUUCUAUUCCGUCACAUUCUUUAUCGUCAAACUCGACACUCACUCUCUUUUACAUUUCACAAUGAAGUUCACUAACAUUGUCCUGGCUGCCAGCGCCGCAACCGUGGCCUGCGCAUACCCCCGAGGAAGGGACGUUGUUCCCACCAAGCAGAGUGCUGAUCUCAAGAAGCGUGCAAAUGGAUUCACUUGGCUCGGUGUGAGCGAGUCCGGUGCCGAAUUCGGCGAGCACAACAUCCCCGGUACCCUGGAACAGGACUACACCUGGCCCAAGACUUCCCAGAUUCAGAUCCUGAGAGAUGCCGGCAUGAACAUCUUCCGUGUGCCCUUCUUGAUGGAGCGCCUGGUGCCAACCAGCAUGACCGGCACCCCGGAUGCCACUUACCUGGCCGCCCUCAAGUCUACUGUCAAGUUCAUCACCGCCAGCGGUGCAUAUGCCGUCCUUGACCCCCACAACUACGGAAGAUACGCUGGCAACAUCAUUAGCUCGACCUCCGAUUUCAAGGCCUUCUGGAAGACCGUUGCUACCGAGUUCGCCACCAACGACAAGGUCAUCUUCGACACCAACAACGAGUACCACGACCUUGACCAGACCCUCGUCCUGGACCUGAACCAGGCCGCCAUUGACGCUAUCCGUGCCACUGGUGCCACCAGCCAGUACAUCUUUGUUGAGGGUAACGCCUGGAGCGGUGCCUGGUCCUGGGCCAACAACAACGACAACCUGAAGGCCCUCACCGACUCCGAGAACAAGAUCGUCUACGAGAUGCACCAGUACCUUGACGGCGACAGCUCCGGCACCUCCGAGACCUGCGUCAGCGCCACCAUCGGAAAGGAGCGUCUCCAGUCCGCCACCGCUUGGUUGCAGAAGAACAACAAGCUGGGCUUCAUCGGCGAGUUCGCCGGCGGCGUCAACAGCAACUGCGAGGCUGCCGUCGAGGGCAUGCUCUCCUACAUGUCCGAGAACAGCGACGUCUGGAUGGGCGCCGAGUGGUGGUCUGCCGGUCCCAUGUGGGGAUCUUACAUGUACAACCUGGAGCCAAGUAACGGCCCUGCUUACUCGACCUACCUUCCCAUUCUCGAGAAGUACUUUGUCGACGGCACUGCCCCAGCCCCGUCCUCCUCUUCAUCCACAUCCACCGCCACCGCUGCCCAGACCUCUACCACCACCGCCGCCGUUGAGAUCACCAGCACCCCCAGCAGCAACGUCCAGGUCCCCAGCUCCGUUAUUGAGCCGUCCAGCUCGACUGCCUCAGCUCCCGCUGAGACUUCCGCCGCUGUCGUUCCCGUUGUCCCCACCACCACUGCUGCUGCCCCUACUACCCUCGUCACCGCGACCGCCACCUCCACCGCCAAGCCCUACACUCAGGUACCUACCACCAGCCCUACCACCAACCCUUCUACUGGAAACGUUGCUAAGCACUACUACCAGUGCGGUGGCCUCAACUGGACUGGAGCCACUGUUUGUGAGACUGGCACUACCUGCGUUAAGCAGAACCCCUACUACUACCAGUGUGUUAACUAAGGGAUGAUCUCGUAUCAAGCCAAAAGGGGAGAUUUUAUUGAUAGGUGGCUUGGUGUCAGCGUUUUCUUUCAGGUUGACUGUUAUUUACACUACUUUUAUACAUUUCUUUCUUCUCGAUUAGUUCGAUUAUAUUAUAUAAAUUCAAUUCGAAGUUUUGCA